GUGGCUGUGCAGCCAUCCUCUGUUUCCACCACCAUGUCCACCGAAGUCGAAAUGAAUCCUUACGAGCUUCUGAAUGUCGAAGUUGAAGCUGACGAGCGAACAAUACGAACAGCAUAUCGACAACGGUCACUCAAGGUCCAUCCUGAUAGGAACCCUAAUAAUCCUGAUGCUGCUCGUAAAUUUCACGAGCUGAACCAAGCUUAUGAAUUGCUAUUGGAUCCCCUUCGGCGGCUGGCCCUCGAUGCAAAACUGCGGGUCAAGGCUGCUAAGGCGGAACGGUUCAAAUCAUUUGACACUAAAAGGAAGGCAUUUCUGGAGGAGCUAGAGGAGAGAGAGAGGUCUUUUAAGAAAGCGCGCAUGGAGAAGCAGAAAUCAGAGGCGGACCAAUGGCAAGCGAACGAAAAAAUCAAGGACGAGGGUAGAAGACUCAGGGAGGAGAAGGAAAAGGAAUUUCGACAACGCGAACAGAACGCGAAGAAGGUUGAUGAGGACGAGCCGCCUUCCAUCGAACCCAAUGACACGACCGUCCGAGUCAAAUUCUCACUGUCUGAACAUCCCGACUUGACCACUUUGGAAGCCCUCGUCGCCGUAUUUGCACCUUUCGGGCCAACCGACACGGAAACAAUCGUGCUUUCACUGAGAGCAUCCAAGAAAGCCCCGUCGAAGCCUCCAAAGUAUGGUACCGCCCUUGUUCCUUUCAAAAGAAUUGGCGACGCCUUUGCUGCAGUAUGUGCUAGCGGCCGACCAGAGCGAGGUCUGAAAGGUAUAGAUGUCACCUGGGUCGGUGGGAAGGAACCGGAAAUUUUGGGUUGGUUGAAGAGGACGGGGAAGCUUUCUGCCCAGCCGGACGUACCAUCGGAGGCCAGGUCGAACCCCGAACCACGAAACUCUACUCCGUCAAUGUUCUCGUCGUUUCCUGAGACACUGCUCGAACCCGUACCAGAGGUUACCGUCUCUCCCGAUAUAGACUAUGAGUCGUUGACUCUAAUGCGUAUGCGUCAAGCUGAGCGUGAACGUCUAGAACGCGAGAUACUCGAGCGUGAAGCGAAUGAAUAACUACAAUACAAAGACUUCCAAGCGGAGCGAAGGCGAUUCCUUCGCUUUUCGAGUUCAAGACCGAGACGCUGUUCUGGUCAAGCAAACAUGAUUCUCGCGUUGGUCGUUCCGGACUGACCAUAAGGUGUACGACGUCGAAGAUUCAGCUGAUCAUCCGGGAAUCUAUUCUUUGUCGAGGAUCUGGUCUGGAUCGUUCUGUGACCGCAUGAUUG